GGCACCACUGAGCUGAUGGAUCUUCCUCAGUGGAGAGCUCCAACCAUCCAUACCAUACAUUCACCAUCUCUCUCACACACACGCGAAUUUUUUCUGAGAGAAGAAGACACACACAAAAGUGCUCUGAAGAAACAGCAGGAGCAGAGUUAAAAUAAUAGGAAGAACCUGAAGAUGUUUGCAGCAGAGAAUGGGCUAAAGGAUGACCCUAGAUUGAAGGGCAUUUCUGACGCCAUUAGAGUUGUCCCCAACUUUCCGAUACCAGGAAUUAUGUUUCAGGAUAUAACAGCAAUCGUCUCCAAGCACAAGGUGUUCAAGGACAUUAUCGAUAUAUUUGUAGAGAGAUACAAAGAUAUGGACAUUUCUGUUGUUGCUGGGAUUGAAGCAAGAGGAUUCAUAUUUGCUCCUGCAAUUGCAUUGGCAAUCGGUGUCAAAUUUGUUCCUCUGCGUAAACCAAGAAAGCUUCCUGGUGAAGUUAUUUCUGAAGAGUAUGAGCUUGAGUACGGGAAGGACUGUCUAGAAAUGCACGUCGGUGCUGUUGAACGGGGGGAACGUGCAUUGGUCAUUGACGAUUUGGUUGCUACGGGAGGGACGCUUUCUGCAGCCAUAAGGCUUUUAGAACGCAACGGAGCAGAGGUUGUCGAGUGUGCAUGUGUUAUUGGAUUGCCCGAGGCAGAGCUUUAUCCCCAGGGCCGAUGCAGGUUGGACGGGAAACCACUUUACAUCCUCGUUGGACCUCGCCAAUACGGUCCCUUCUUUUGAUUGGGAUUGACAAUCCCUUUCGUGGCGAAACAUUAAUUGCUCCGAGUGGCUGCUCUGCUCAUCCUCGUUAGGUAAACACGCUCCGAGCUCGAUCCCUUAUUUCAUAUUAAGGCAUGCUCUAUGAACAUAGUAGUCUGUUGGAUAUCUGAGUUAGGAUUCUCUACUUGUUGUUGAUGAAAUGCCUACUAAACCUCUUCAAAUGCUAAUAAUUUACUGGAAAUUUAACACCUGCCAUUUGCUGUAUCAGUGUUAUGUUGUGUCAUUUUUCGGCUACAGUGUAUUCAUUUGAAGUUUGAUUUUAGUUUUUUUAUGAUUUGAA